GGGCGGCUGGCCGGAGUCGGCCCGGAGUCCCGUCUCAGUGCGGCGUCAGCGCUGCGCACUUCCCAUUGGCCGAGCGCGGCGCGGAGGCGGGUCCGGGCCUGCGAUUGGCUCUCGGCGGGCGAGGACGGUGUCAUGGAGGCCGCGGCGGUGACGGUCACCCGGUCGGGUGCCCGGCGGCGGCGGGGGCGGCAGCUGCAGGAGGAGCAGGAGGAGCAGGAACCGCGGCCGCGGCGGCGCCGGCCGGGGAGGAGGAUCAAAGAUGAUGAAGAAGAGACAGUCUUUCGAGAGGUGGUCAGUUUUUCCCCGGACCCCCUGCCAGUUAGAUAUUAUGACAAGGACACCACCAAACCUAUCAGCUUUUACUUGUCUUCGCUGGAGGAACUCUUGGCGUGGACACCCCGCAUGGAGGAUGGUUUUAACGUGGCCCUGGAGCCCCUGGCGUGUCGCCAGCCCCCUCUGAGCAGCCAGAGGCCCCGGACUUUGUUGUGUCAUGACAUGAUGGGGGGGUAUCUGGACGACAGGUUCAUUCAGGGCUCGGUGGUGCAGACUCCCUAUGCUUUCUACCACUGGCAGUGCAUCGAUGUCUUUGUGUACUUCAGCCACCACACCGUCACCAUCCCUCCGGUGGGCUGGACCAACGCUGCCCACAGGCAUGGGGUCUGUGUGCUGGGGACUUUCAUCACGGAGUGGAACGAAGGGGGAAGGCUCUGUGAAGCCUUUCUGGCCGGGGAUGAGCGCUCAUACCAGGCAGUGGCCGACAGGCUGGUCCAGAUCGCGCAGUUUUUUCGUUUCGAUGGCUGGCUGAUCAACAUCGAGAACUCUCUGAGUCUGGCCGCCGUGGGGAACACGCCUCCUUUCCUGCGGUACCUGACCACACAGCUGCACCGGCAGGUCCCGGGGGGCCUGGUGCUCUGGUAUGACAGUGUGGUGCAGAGUGGGCAGCUCAAAUGGCAAGACGAACUCAACCAGCACAACAGGGUCUUCUUUGAUUCCUGCGACGGCUUCUUCACCAACUAUAACUGGCGGGAGGAGCACUUGGAGCGGAUGCUGGGGCAGGCUGGGGAGCGCCGGGCUGAUGUGUAUGUGGGCGUGGACGUGUUUGCUCGGGGGAACGUGGUCGGAGGCCGAUUCGACACAGACAAGUCGUUGGAGCUGAUCCGAAAGCAUGGGUUCUCCGUGGCUCUGUUUGCCCCCGGCUGGGUGUACGAGUGUCUGGAGAAGAAGGAUUUCUUCCAGAACCAGGACAAGUUCUGGGGCCGGCUGGAGCGCUAUCUGCCCACACAUAGCAUCUGCUCCUUGCCGUUCGUCACGUCCUUCUGCCUGGGCAUGGGUGCACGGAGGGUCUGCUACGGCCAGGAGGAGGCAGUGGGGCCCUGGUACCACCUGAGUGCCCAGGAGAUCCAGCCCUUGUUUGGAGAACACAGGCUGGGAGGGGAUGGCCGGGGCUGGGUGAGGACGCACUGCUGCCUGGAGGAUGCCUGGCACGGAGGCAGCUCCCUGGUCGUCCGGGGUGUGAUCCCACCGGAGGUUGGAAAUGUGGCCGUGAGGUUAUUUUCCCUGCAGGCCCCAGUGCCACCCAAGAUUUUCCUGUCCAUGGUGUAUAAGCUUGAGGGGCCCACGGACGUCACAGUUGCUUUAGAGCUAACCACAGGGGAUGCCAGCAGCUGCCACAUCGGUGGCAUCUCAGUGUUGAACGCAGAAACAAGCUCAAGACACAGCCUCCGACCCCUCCGGGUGCCCCCUACGAAGCUGGCCAGAUGGGUGGGCCGCUGCGGCCGGCAGCUGAGCAGGGGCUGGGUCCAGCACUGCUACGAGGUGAGCCUGCGUGGGUGCCUGCUGCUAGACCUCCUCGUUUGCUUCUCACGGCCGCCAGGUAGUCGGGAGGAGGAGAGCUUCACCUGUCGGCUUGGAGAGAUCCAGGUGGUGGACGCUGCCAGCCUGCUGGCCCCUCUGCCCCAGGUGGAGACUGUCACCAUCUCUCAGGUCCGCUGGCAGCCGGCUGCCUCUGAGCGGGAGGGGCCCCCUGCUCUGCUUCAGCUCAGCUGCACCCUGCACUGGUCCUUCCUCCUCUCACAAGUCCGUUGCUUCCGAAUCCACUACUGGGGAGGGACGAGUGAUGACUCUCCGGGCAGGGAGCUGCCGAGGCCAGAGAUGCCCACGUUCCUGGGGUUGGCUUUUGCCACCCAGUACCGGAUAGUGGACGUGCUGGUGGAAGCCGCCGGGCCCGGUCAGGAUCGUCGCGUGGAGUUUCUGGUGGAGCCUGUCCCGAAGGAAGGGUUCCGGAUACCUCAGGCCGAGUGGGGCAGGGCAGCUCUGCUUUAUUCAGGCCCCGCAUGAGUGGAUGCUAAAGCAGGGUGGUCUCCUGGCGUCCGGCUGAGGCCUCUUCCCGGCUCUCUGCUCCUGGCCUGCGCUGGACCUGCUAUGUGCCGGCAGUGGCGGCGAGACCCCGGUCCCGGGGCUGGGGGAGGACCCCUGGCUGAAUGCUGUGGUUUGCUGGCCGGGGGCGGUGGGAACAGGAAACCAAGCAGUGGGAUCGCAGCGUUGGUUACUGCGGGGCGAGUGGGGCCGUCUGUUUCUGCCUUGUCUCUCCCCACGGUACAUGGUUCCCAGGUGAAAAUGAAAGGAGGGGAAGAAGUUGAGAAGAGAAAAUUCUAUAAAGAGUAUUUCCUAAUAGGCUGCAAGAUGCUGAUGCUGAGAAUGACAUUUUCUUUCCUGCAGAUGAAACUAGUAGAAAGGCUCUUAGAUUGGGGCAGGUAGGCUUUGGAGCAGGCCCCAAGACGUUUCUGAGGAUGCAUACGAGCUACAGCAGCUCCUGGGGUGGGGCUGCCUGCGGGAUGGCGGGAGAGGAUGCCCCGGAGAACCCUCCUCGUGGUGGGAAAGGCCCUUUUCCCUGAGGAUUGGGCAUUCCGGGCCAGCUGGCGCCGGCUUCGUGCCUCCACGUGGCCAGCACCAGCUGCUGCGUGUUUCCUGGUGUUGGCAAUUUACCGCGCUGCUGUGUGUGAGGUCAUCUCCGGAGCGUUUUCAGCAGCCCCUGGGUCUGCUACGCUUCUUCCAGGCUGUGGGCUGCAGGCAAGUGGCUCUGGGGCAGUCUGCACUGUGGCCCUGCCUCUGCCCAGCGAGAGGCUGUGGGCUCUGGACAAGCUGCCCUUCAGGCUCGGGUAGCAGGUCAGUCCAGGCAGGAAGCAGCACCUGCCCCCCACGCCAGCCCAGCCCCAGCCUGCGUGCAGGAGCUGCAGGACCCGUGGGGGCUUUUCCAGCUACUUUGUUCCUUCGCGUCCUCCCUUCUCAGCCUCGUCCAAGCACUGGGGAGACCUCCAGGCUUACCCCUUGAGCAGGAGUCAGCACAGGUGCGUGGGGGAUUGAGGGAGGCAGGGUCUUCACCACAGGUCCCUUCUUCUGUCCUUCCUGCUCUUUCUUCUCGCCGCCUCCUCCCGUGCCCAGGCUUCUGCAGCUGCACAGCCCCUGCUACACCUGGGCUGCCUGGGAGGCUUCCUGGUGUGGUGUCUGGACCCCACGGCCUUGGGUCAUACUGCGGCUGGUCUAGGUGGGGUCUGUUGUGGUCCUUCCAUGGUGUCAAUGGCCUGAAGUCCCUUGCUUUUGGGGGGUCUCUCACCCCCAGGCCACAUAGGGCCAGCGGUGGGGGUUCCCUUGGUGUUGGGCAGCGCUGAGGGCUGGGAUGCUCUGUGACCCCAGCUGGAGCCCACACCUAAGGGCUGGCGUCCACAGCAUUUCGCCCUGCAGUGAGGGAAGAGGCCACCAGGUGGCAGCACAGCCACACCCGUUCCCAUGUCCGGAGGAGGGCAAUGCUGGGUGCUCAGCAGCCGCUCCCAGCCGGGGCUCCUUCCAGGGGCUUAAUCCACCUUUCUCCAUCUUCCCUGCCUGCCUCGGUACUCGUGCCAAGUAGAGAGUCCUGGGAUUAGGGGUUCUAUGCUCUUGCCUAAUUAGGAACAUUCUUCCCGGUCUCACGUGAGUUUGCCAAGGAUAUGGGGCAGGAGGCGUCCUCUGCUGACCCCCUUGCAGCCUGGAGCCACCCCGGGGACUGACCUGGGUGGAGGGCAGAUGAACACAAGCUGCUGCCGCCUGGAGCCACUCACUCGACGUUUUUCAGCUGUGACCAUUCCCGGGCGCUCUUUAAGCCUUUCUCUCUCAUUUGGAACUAGGGGGAACCAGGAAGGGGCUCCUGGCCCGUGUCCUCUGCAGCGAGGGUUGUGGGGGGCGCAGCAUCCAUGCCUUGCUGCUCGUCUUUCAUGAAGUCUAUUUUUUUAAGUGCUGGCUCCCCCGAAUAUUUUAUGCAGAGGAGGGAAAAUUUAUAGUGGCAAUUAUUUUCUCACAGUCUGGUGAGCAGGCAAUUAGGAGGAAGGGGGCCUAGCAGAGCGUGGCGUGUGGUGGAAUCGCGCCGCCCGGGCUCCCCAGCCCCACUGCCACGCAGGGCUCGCGUGCGGGAAAAUGAAUAUGCCAGCGUUUAGGCCUGUGCCCCUCUGCUGGCUGUAACUGCUCUGAAAUAAAUGGUGUGACAUUGUGAAAA